AUGACAGCAACGUCAGAAAAGGAGAAAGCAGACCUAUUUGCAGAUUACUUCGAAAAUGAAGUCUACUCUCUUACUGCUGAUACACUGCCAUUUCAUGAUCAAGUAACAAGUCAAGCAAACAAAGUCAAGAAUGGUAAUAUAACCUUAACAAACACAGUCAAGUGGAAGUUAAUCAAAAAACAAGGUUAUAUACCAGCAAUGUGGGAAAAGGCCAAUAUUAUUCUUCUAUUAAAGCCGAAGAAAGACAAACAACACCCGUCUAGCUAUAGGCCGAUUAGUCUCCUUAGUUGCUUAGGCAAACUAUUGGAGAAAAUCAUCAAACAACGAUUAAUGCUCGAACUUGAACGACACAACAUCUUACCACAACAUCAAGCUGGAUUCAGACCAGGAAAAAGCACUAUAUACAACAUCAGCGAUACGCCGCAAAGAUCGCCGUUAUCACCACUACUUUACAUCAUGUACACGGCAGAUUCGAUGAAUGGAAUACCGACUCAUACAGAACAUGGGUUAUUCGCCGAUGAUACUGCAUUAUGGACAUCUGGCAACAUCUUAACGUCGCUUAGAUCCAGAUUACAAGAAUCCAUAAAUGCAUUCGAAAGUUGGUGCAAGUCAUAG